AUGUUUGGCAUUUCGCCUUUGUUGCGAAAUAUUCUCAAUUAUUUUCGGAGAUCGAUCAGAAAAUUGGUGAUUCAGCAAUUUUUUCUUCCCAUCCUUGCACUUAGGAAUCCAAGAAAAUAUAAACAAAAUUGAAAUUUUAUUGAAUCAUCAUUGCGUGUCUUGUUUUUCAUUUUGGAAUUAAGAUUUUUCGAUUUGUAGGUUUGCGGAAAAAAAUGUUGUUUUUAAUGAAAAUAGGUUUUUUUAUAUGGUGUCCAACUCUGAUUUGAAAUAUUAUUAUUGAGGCUUCUGACGUGGUUAAAAAAAUUAGUGUAAUAAGAAGAAAUUUUUUUAAUAAUUUUUGAGUAUUUUUUUGUUUUUUUCUAGAUAGCUGCGAAUGUGUAUAGAACUUAUUAAAUGAAAGAAAAACGUGUAUUUUCAAAAAAAAAUUUUAUUUUUCAGUUCGUUCACGUUUCACGGCGUUCUUUUGACGACGCCCCUCCCACAGUUUCCGUAAUAUUUGACGUCUUUGGUGCAUACACAGAACGACGCUAACUCGCAUACUCAUUAAAUUCGAAAAUAAUUUUUUUCUUCGAAAAACAGCAUUUUUUCAAAAAUAUAGACGUGAAAAAAUUGAUCCUUUCACAAUUCCUUUUCUAGUUGACAAAAAAAAUUUGGAUGAAUGUUCUUCUUACUUUUUUUGAACACUUUUUAUUCCUUUUUCACCCUCAAAAUUAGUUAAAAUACUUUUUUCAGUGGAAUUUUUUUGCCGAAAAUGACUUAUUUUGGUUCUACGUGUCUUUCCCCACUCAUUAAAAAUUAAAAAAAUUCUUUUACAGGUUUGGUUUAGUUCAUUCGCCUAGUGGUAUUUUUUUAUCCCUUGCAACAUCGCCAUACCAUUCUGAUGUUGCGAGAAUGAAGAGAUUGAUUGAUUCAAAUACAAAAAUUUAAUUUGACACUUAAAAUGUUGCUGAAAAGAAUUUUUUGCUUUAGAAGGAAAUUUUGUCAAAACCGAGCAGUUAAUUUUGAAAAUUUAAAACCAAAAAAAUUCCUUCGCAUUUUGCUGUCGCAAUGAAAAAAAUAAUUACCGUAUAUCAGAACCAAACAGAUAACGAUACAACGGAAAUAAACAUAAAAAUCACGUGAAGCACUUGAGCAACAAGAAAUUCAAAUGUUCGCGCGCAUAGCUGUCUACCGUAACUCUAGGUGGAGCAACGUCUCAAAGCCGCUCCGCAUUUUCAAAAUUUUUACAUUUUCUUCCACUACGCAUAACGCCGUGUUCAUUAUAUUAGAUAAUUAUUGUUGAAAAAAAUAAAAAAAUUCUUUUUCAGUAUUUCUUUUUUCUGCCUUCAUAGACAGCUUCGGAAAUAUAGAAACCAUAUAGCUAAAGAAAAAAACUUUUUCUUUGUUUCCGAACAAAAAAAUGUUUUUCUCACAAACUAGUUAUUGAUACGAGAAAUAUUGAAUUUUUUCCCGUUUCAUAUCUCUUCCCAUAUUUUUCUUCUCCGUGAGAUUUCGCUUUUUUUUUGUCUUUAUUCCACCUAAAAACUUUACUUUUUCAUGAAGUUUGGUGAUUUACAGGUCAAGCUGGAUUCUGGGUUGCAACAGCCGAUCCGCAUUUCGGAUCUCGAGCGGGUUUCCCGACAAGCGGCGGUGAAUUUUUGAAAUUCUAUCGAUUUUUUCCUUUUUGUAUGAGCAAAAAUGAUUAAAUUUGAAUUUUUCAGGCCUUGUCGUCCCGCCGGAUGUCGAAAGGGAAAAAAAUGAAGGAGGGUGAUUUGGAGAAUUUUGACGAGGCAAGUUUUUGUACUAAAAUCGAAGUUAUUUUUCGUGAAGAUUUUCUUUGACUCUCCAAGAUUUAGUUUUUUUUUCUUUCUCUGACUGUUAUUUUAAAUUUUGCGGAAUCAAAUUGAAGACGCCAUGGGAUAGUAUUUUUGCCAUGAAACUUGAGAAAAAUUUGAAAAUUGUUGAAAAUUGUUACUUGAGUAAGGAUUUUAAGAAAGUGUGAUUUUUGCCAUAUAACUUGAGAAAUUUUUAAAAUUAUUUAAGAUCGAUGCAUGAGUAUCGGUUGUAAGGAAAUGGCGUUUCAAAAAUUUCAAAAAAAUACGAUCAUUUUUUUGGAAACGUACCAUUUUUAGGUGCACUUGAGGUGUGACUAAAAACAGCUCAAGUGGUAGCUCUAGGGAUUUUUGUAAAAAAGAAGGGAAUUAUCGAGAAUUGACGUUUUCAACGUAAAUUUUGUAUUAAGUUUAUCAAAAACUAGAAAAAGUUGAAGGAGAAACAUAGAUGGGCAAGUACAGCUCGGGAGGAGGGAUUGGCUAUAAUAAUUAUGAAAAAUUAUGAAUAAAACCUAUUUUCAACCUCAGGGAGGUACUAUUGGCCACAAUAAUACGAGUUUCGACCUCAGGGAGGUAGUAUUAGCUUUAAUUUAGAAUAACUCGGGGAGGAGGGCUCGGCGGAUGAGGAGAAGGUAAGAUGGAGUUAAAAGGGCUUGGAAAACUCAAAAAAGAGCUCAGGAAAUUCGAGUAAAGUAAAGUCAAGCUUUGAUUUUUUAUGAUUUAUCGAUUAUCAGGGCGUUCUGGUUGUGAUACUUAAACCGAAAAAGAGAUCAUAAAAAUAUCACUUGAAGAAAUCAUAAUUUUUUGCAGGAGGGCAAUAGUAAGACCGUGGGAGCUGAUUCUGCCUCGCCGUUGGAGGUCGGCAAGCCUCACAAGAAGUUUUCUAAUUGA